CACGGGGGUGUUUAUCCUUCCUCGGAAUGUCAGGUACAAGAAGCGUACUCUCAGAAUUUCCACGGUCGGAGCAGCGUGAUGGCAAUCCAACAAGGUGCAACGUUUCCGCAGCCGGAAAACGGCGCAACCCCGGGGUUCUGUCCCCAGGAGCCCGGGAUGAAUCCGUACAUGCAACCCCAGUACAUGAUGGGUUUCAAUCCCGGGCCGCGUUACGCUCCGCAAUUUCCGCAACAACCGCCGAAUUCGUAUCCCUAUCAACAACCGUUACCGAACACGAGCAAUGUGAUGAUGCCUACGAGACAACCUUUUGCGGGGAAUUGUUUCUCCUUCCCGCCUGCCAAUUCUUCCGCUCCUCGUUACGGCCACCAGCCGUUUGUGCAGCACAAUCAUCAGGCCUUCAUGUCCCCUAAUCAUCAAGUUUACGCUCAGCCACAAAUGGAGCAUAGACAAUCGAACGAGCAGUUUCUGGUCGUAGUUCCCAUGAAGGGAGUCGUCACAGUUUGCAUAGUGGUCUUGGUUCCCGUCAAGUACCCUGGGCGGCUUCAUUGGAAGACGUUCAUGGUGGAGAAGUCGGAGAGUGUUAUGGUGGAGCACACGCCGUGCAUGUUGAAACAACAGCCGCCGCAGAGAACGAUGACGUUGUAUGACGAUCGUGACGACCUGUCCAACGAAGGGAGCCAGUCGAGCAGUGGCGGCGGUGGUGGUGUUGGUGGAGUUGGAGGCGGUAGUAGCAGCAGCGGCGGUGGUUGUGGCGGCGGCGGCGGCGGACUGCGACCGCCGGCGGAUUCCGGCGUGAGUAGCUGCGGCGACGCCGCCACCUACUUCUCACUCAACUCCAGUGGUGAACUCAAUAACCCGCCGAGCGUGGCCAGUGACACUUUCUCCACUGGCUCGGCGUCGACACCGACACCGGCUACCAAUACGACCACUACUUGUGCAGAAGGCGGCACGACGGGUUCGUCUCAGGGUAACAACGACAGCGGAAUAUCCGCGUCUUCCUCUUCUUCUUCGUCGUCAUCUUCUUCAUCGUCGUCGUCGUCUUUGGGAGGAGGUGUCGGAGUGUUCGACGAUGUCGGUAGUGUGGACGGGGACGUGAAGGAUGUGUUUGUCGGGGACGUGAAAGUGGACGCGAGUAUUGUGAAGGAGGAGACUGGUGUGACGGAAUGCGGUGAUAGUUUUCCGAGUGUGAUAGUUCCGUGUGGGUGGAAGCGUGAGGUUCAAGACGCUGCUGUGAUAUACCAAAGGGUUGCUUCCAGGUCAUCCACAUUGGCCGCCACUUUGGCAGCUGUGAAGGCGGCUUUUGGGCAAAAUGGCGGAAUUGCCUUCGAUGACCUGGAGGCAACCGUUAGGAAGAAUGCCAAGCUGAUUUUAAAAAUUCUGAGGAGAAAGCUGGGCCACAAUUCCCCGAGUUCGUCAACAAAACCGAGACUCGUUCAAAGUCCAAUUAAGGGCCGAGGCAUGCGUAGAUUGAUUCUCGCGAUUGCCACUCGGCGUUUAAUUGCCUUCCCCACUCCUCCUCUGCCGCCGGAUAUUGUUAAUGGGCACUUGUCGUGCGUUUAUGAGUUCAAAUUGGGUUCGGCUUUGGACCUGCCAGCAGCGGGAAAUCGGUGUUUGCCGGAGGGCGGUUGCGUUGCUGGGCGUGUCGCGAUCAUCGGAUCAACUUAUCUAAGCCUCGGAUAUUGGGCGAUGAGGUCUGGCCCGAGUGAAGUUACUCUGCGGUCAGUGGACGAGGUGCGCAAGUACUUACUUUCUGUUGGUACUUGUAAAUGCGGUCUGGACUGUCCGCUGAACGUUGGCGAGACGUUCAACUUUCAGCCGGAGGUAAAGGCUGGCCCAGAGACGCCGUUGUGCACAGCAAGGCUUUGCAAUCACCGACGGAAAUUCGGCAAUUGCGUCUUGUCUGACGAUGCGCAAAAAUUGCGUGCCGCCGAUUCCCAGGACAAGGAGAACAUACCAAAGACCGAAGAUGGGAAAAUGCUUCAGCUCUGA